GGCAGCAUUAUGCACUCUUCCACUCGAAGAUGUUCGCAUGCGAAGCUUCUUUAUCCCUCAACAUGAUAAAGGAAAUCGGGAGCUUACACGGUCAUGUUGUGAGAGCUAAUCGCAGGCAAUUCGAUUGUGCCGUAUAAGAAACAAGCUGCAGUGAAGACAAGGAAAGCUGAUAGAAAUUUUUGGAAGAGAACUAACCAAUCAUGCCUUUCAGAAUACCAGCAGUUGAAGCAGAGGAUGAAAGAACACCAGAAAUUCUGUUCAAUAAACAUGAAAGAAAGAGCUCACUUCAGCUUCACCGCUCGAGAUCGUACAAGGAGAACCGUUCAUUCCCAAGCAAAAUCAAGAAUGUUGACCUCGUAGAGAAGUUUGUGGCCCUAAAUUCCGAAAAGCUCCCCAGAACAGUGGCCAAAGAUCGGCACAAGAUGAAGAAAAACUCAGUCGCAUCACCUCUAAGGACUUCUCAAAAGCCAUGGCCCGGUAGGACGGUGACCGGUAUCGAUGAACCAGUUAUGAACAUGUCAAAUGUGCCAUUUUAUCUUCAGCGCAUUGAGAAAGGAGAUGACAUUCAUGGAAAAGCACUGAAUUUUGGAGUUCUGGAUUGGGGGCGUCUUGAGAGAUGGACAUACCACCAGAAAUGUGUCACUGAUGUGGGAGGUGGAGACUCAACAUCUAGUAGCACUGAGUCCUCAUCAUUUUCUACAUUUGGAUUCUCCAACCAAUCUUGUAUAACCAUUUCUAGUCCUCUACCUCGAGGGAAGAAAUCUCCUGUUGCAUCUGAAAGAGAAGAUUCUGGACAUAUAGAAGGCUCUCCUGGUUCAAGGAUUUCUUGCACCAAGUUUCCUGGUGGAAGUGAUAAGGAUCAUGAUGGAGACUUUUGUGUUGAUGUUUUAAGCCACAAACAUGUUGCAUGUAACAGUAAAGAUUCAGCUUUGGAAGCCAUGUCCUGCGAGGAGGUACUGCGAGUUCCACGUUCUACAACUGCACCUUCAAGUUACAAGAUUGAUGAUGCUACUGCAACUGGAAUGGCAGAGGACCCAAAUGGCAGCUUGAUGAAAGCAGAAGAGUGUCAAUCCAAGGCCAACCAUAUGCCACAACUUUCCCAGGAUCUCAAAGGAAGAUGGGAUCAUCUUCCAGAGAGCAUCGACAGUGGAUGGCUUAGUUCUGAUUCCCCCCCACCAUUAACCACUGACGACUGGCUGGCCGAGGGAAGUGGCUGCAGUCAUUCAGGUACUUUAGCUGACGAUGUCGAAAUCAUCCAUCGAUAUCCUCAGGUUCCUCACUCAUGCCCUCUACCUCUUGCCGUUCCGGAAGAUGAACAUGACAUGUGCUGCACUCUUCCAUCAGAAAUUGCAGUACCAACCGAUAAAUCCAUAUGCAGAAACGGAGACACUGAACUAUUCUCUAGAGGUCUCUGCAAGCAUCAUCCUGGAGCCAAUACAGCCCAAGAAUCCAGGAUGUCUGAGGCAAAAGUGACGGCUGUGGCAGGAAAGAAAUCAUCUGACCAUUCAAGUACUGUUCUAAAAAGGAUGAGCAGAAGUUCUAGUUCGAAGGAAGCUUCAUGCAGAGAGCAAUUUGAUCCUGUUUCUUGUCCAUAUAAUUCACUUGGAGAUCAAGCAACCUUCAAGAAUAAGCACAGGCAAAGCCCACUGAGGAGGAUGCUGGAUCCAAUACUGAAGCCGAAGAACAAUGCUCAUUCGACAGGGGCAUCUGCAGCCUCAUGGAACGGUCGCCAUUCUUGUGAGCUAAGUAGAAUGGACAUGCCUUCCCAUGGGUUGCGCAAGCCCUUAAACACAGGUGUAGACUCUGCAUGUCCUGCAGGGAGAAGCAUGAUUACUUCAAGUCAAUUACCUGAUGAAAGGCAUGCGGCAUCGAUGAAGCAAGCUCUUCUUCAAGUUGCUUGGAAGAAUGGCCUCCCGCUGUUCAUGCUCUCAUCUUGUGACAGCGAAGUACUUGCAGCGGCAAUAACAAUGAGAAGCCUCGACGGUAGUGAUGAUCUGGAGUGCAUAUAUAGGAUAUUCUCUGUGAACAGUGCCAAGAAGAAAAGCAUGUUCUGGAGCAACUACGGGAACAAAGACAAGAGGCAUCAGUUGAUCUCCCAUGUUGUUGCCCAGCUGAAGGUUUCACUCUGCAAGACGAGGAGCUACGACAAUGGCAGGUGUCGUGUUGCGAGAGAGUUCGUUCUGCUCGGUGCUCAUCCAUCACCGACGUGUGACAAGUCUGUUGACUCUUCAGCUAUGAGCGAGCUGGCUGCCAUUGUUGUUAGGGUGGUACCACCAUACAUGUGCAAGUCGGAUUCCUCCACCGAGUCGACGAAUCCAGCAGGAAAUACAAGUGCUUCGAGUGAUGAGAAAUGCUUGCAGACAGAUCGGCUUCGAGUGAUACUUCCAAGUGGGGUUCAUGGCUCGUCGACCGAUGGCGAGCCCUCGCCGUUGAUAGAGAGAUGGAGAUCAGGAGGAGCAUGCGAUUGCGGAGGCUGGGAUGAGGGUUGCAUGCUAACUAUUCUCAGCGACAAGUUUCAAGAGCAGCACAAUAAUACCUCGUGUUCUUUCCAAGCCCGUCAAACCGCAGAUGGUACUCAAAGACUUGAACUAUCGAUUCAGGGCGGAUCGAAAGAGAGAAGACAUGCCGCCUUCAGCAUUGUUGCCUUCAAGCAGGGGCUCUACACCGUGGAGUCUCGAUCAUCCAUCUCUUUGCUUCAGGCUUUAGCUAUUUGCAUAGCAGCGCUCCAUGGCAGGAAGCCCUGCAAUCAUCCAGCAGAACCAAAAAACUUGCAGAAACAAACUGUGAAUGAUCAGCUGGGGCGAAGUGCUGCCAAAGCCUAUGUACCAAAUCAUCCACCGCUUUCGCCUGUUUGGAGAGCUUGAUUGUCUGCCUCAUAUAUUAUAGACUGGAGUACGGUAUAGUAAUUCUGCAGUUGUUUUUUCUA